AUGGGCAAGAGGCUGUCUGACCUCGAGGCUGAGGUCAGCGAGCUACGUGAGGCAGUUGACAAGCUCUCGUUGACUGUCACUCGACUGAGACGAGAGGUGGCUGAGCAGCGAGGUAGGCGCAGCUCAGAAAGCGAUCGGGGAGAAGAGGACCGCCUGUCUGACGAGUCCUAUUCGGUCGUGGGCGCUAGGCAAGCACACCUGAGCGGAUCCCCUGGUGGCCUUCGUGGUUAUCCUAGUUCCCCACCAGAUUGCUCGCAGCAAAAGUCAGGUGGGCCUUCGACCUCAGCUCUGCCGGCGGCUCGGGACCUCAGCUGGGCACAACGCGAAGAGAUCGCGGCUGGCAUUGGCAGGUUCUUCACCCGCUGCCUGACUGGCAGCCACCGUGGUUCCAGCGGGAGGGACAAGAUUCCUCUUGCCUGUCGGCUUUGGGUGGUUGUUCGAGAUUAUCACGGUCAGGUUCAUUCCCCUGUUCGAGGCAGCGCUCCGCCUCCCUUCUUGUUGACAGACGGGAGGCUUGUGGCAAGUGAAGAAGUUGUGGUUCAGCUCUACUUUGACGACCUUGAGGAAGGCGACGUGGCCUUCCCCUUGCUGUUGAUUGCUGAGUUUGAAAACAAACCUCUUGUGGCGGUUCCCUUCCCUGCAUGGCAUCGAAGUGUGAGCCGCAGACAGAUGCAGGCUGGUGCGCUCUCGAAGCCCGCUGUGUUGGAAGUACUGGCCGCCAACGCUUCGGACAAAGUGAUUUUGAGCCCGGAACACUACAUCAAAUGCUGGGUCGGCUAUCUUCAGCCGGAUCUCUUAGUACGCCUGCAGCCGCUGACGGAUUACGAGGACUGCAGCUUCACUUUUGGUGUAGUAGAGGGCGGUUAUGUCAUCCCGGCGAUAGAGAGCUUGGUGUCUGCGGCCAACGACCAUUUUGCGUUCUUCUCUGCUGGCGAUGGAGUGAGCGACCCCGGCGAAGCACUCGAGCCGGAGCUGAUUCAGGGCGACGAAGGAUCUGGGUCGGCAAGCUUGGGAGCGCGUGUCGAUGCGAUCGAAGCCACGUUGGAGACCCUCUCCGAGGGAAUGCACCAAUUGCUCACGAAAGUUCCGGGCGGCGAGCAAACCACUGCACCUCGUCAGCCUGCCCUUCGCAAGACGGCGGUCGUCAGGGAUGUCAAGUCCAAAGACGCUCAACCGAAAGUUCAUUUCCCUCACCUGGAUGCAGGGGUAGUGGAGGCUGCUCUCCAAGCUGGCAUACCCACUCGCAGUUUGGCCAUGAUGGAGAAACUGGUGACUCAGAAUGUCAAGGCGAAGAGAGUUGUAGACGAGCGACCGAGUGUUGUUUUGGGCGACCCCCUGUCGGAAGAGGAGGAGGACGCAGGCGCUCAGCGUCUGGCUGCAGAAGAAGAGUCUGGUGGAGUUCCGGCGGACCCCAUGGCCGCCACGCUUUCCAAGCUGACGAGCAUUGUUUCCUUUUUAGCAGAGGACAAGAAGAGGGCGAAAGGAGCUUCGAAACUAGACUUGGCGCUGGACAGCGCACAGGGUUCAUCUGCAUCCGACGGGUUCAGCCUUGGGGCGGGCAAGAAGACGGCGGCAGCACGCAGAGCACUGCGGACAGCCUUGACCGAUCAUCCGGAGGAGAUUCAUGGCUGCAUCGAGCGACUGAUGUACGAAGACCUGUCCUCGCAGACGUUGGGGCCUGGUCAGCCACCUUGGGGUCUCAAUGCCCGAGUGGGGCGCAUUGCAGCUAUAGACAAGGGUUCAUGGACGCUUGCAGCCGAGCUCAGUUUGGAGCAGAUUCCUCCCAUGUCGGUGCUUGCAACACACCAAGGUCCAAACGUGCAGGACGGGGAGAGCCCGUUCAGUCGCCUGCUAGAUUCCCGCUGGGCAGAGGUGACCUUAGGCCAUCUUCGAGAUCAAGAGGAGUUUUUGACAAGGAGGAAGAACAUCGGGAAGAACCUCGGCAAGACGGGCAAGGAAGAAUUGCUGCUGAAGACCAAGAGUGGCUUUCAAGGUUUUUUGUCAUCCAUCGUACAGAGCCCUGCUAGAGACGAUCUAGCGACAUCAAUGCCGGGUGCCUCUACAUGGCCACUUCCGCUCCCUUACCCUGAGGUAUUCAGACAAUUCGUGACGGCAGCAGACAUGGGCCGAGCAGCUGGCAAAGUUGAAGAUUUCCAAGAUAGCCUGGAUGCGUUGGCCAGAGCAGCUGUUGCCUUGCAUGGUGAGUUUGGAGGCUACUCUUUCAUGAAGCCUAGCAGAGAUGGAUGCUCAGCAGAGUCACAACUUUUGCGUGCAGGCCGAGUGGUGGGAAGAGCUGACAGAAACCCGGUAGUCACGGCGAAGCCCUUGAUUGCCAAAAGGUUGAACUUCCCGCCCGCACCUGCAUUUGAUCCGGUUCCUUUUUUCGACCCUUCUACAACAGAACGAUAUGUGCGUCCAAUCUCACGAGGGUAUCACCCAGAUGAAGUUUCAGAGCUUCCGCCGUUGGUGCAAGUACGGGCCAACAGUUCAGAGAAGGUGGCUUUGUAUAGGAAGCUGGCUGACUCUGGCCGGCUCCGGCCAAUUGACAGCAGCAGUUUUCAUCAUGGCUACUGCUCUGGCCUCUUUGCAGUGGUGAAAGAUCAGCACAGAGACCGCAUGAUACUGGAUGGCCGACCUGCAAAUCUCCUUACUAAGGGACGGUGUAAAACCAUGGCUUCGGGACUCGCCUUGAGUCACUUGCUGCUGGAAGAUGACAAGAUUCUGGUUUGCAGUGGGCUGGACCUGAAAGAUUUUUUCUACCAGUUCACGGUCAUUCGCGAGCUCCCCCUAGAUGAAUGUGAACUGGAGUCUGAUCGACGGGUGGCAAAUGCUGAAGCGGCUUAUAGGAGAAUGUUUUGCUGCUUGGAUGUCAUCUUUGAGCCGUUGUGCGUAGAGGACCAAAAAGCUGUAGUGAGACUCUCCCCUGACAUCAUUGCAGAGCUCACUGUGCUGGUGGUGCUUGGACCCUUAGCUGCUGUGAAUUUGCGGGCCACUUACUUGAACCAGGUGAUAGCCACUGACGCGUCCGGCGAUUGCAUGGCGGUGGCCGCACCUUGCCCUGCAGCUGUGGUCAAAGAAGUGUCUCGGCAUGCGCUGAAGAAAGGCAUUUGGACGAAAUUACUCCCCAGCUCUAGAGCUCGCGACCGAGUGCACGGCAUCCUGGAGGUUGAAGAUGAGGUGCCGGGUGAGCGCAUCAGAGGGCACCCCUUGUGGAACUUGAUGGCUCGUGCACUGGACUAUGAGGUGCUCUGGAGAGAGUUUGUGUCUCGGCCCACCCACAUCAACAUACUAGGGCUUCGAGCCUAUCUUCGAGAAGAGAAGAGGUUGGCGUCCAGACGCCAAUCGGUUCGAGUCCUCUCAGGGCUUGACUCUCAAGUGGCGCUAGGGGCUCUGGUGAAGGGUCGAUCGUCCAGCCGAGCACUGAAUAAUGAGAUGCGUCGUUUUUUGGGGCCUGCUUUGGGCGCAGACAUCUAUAGCUUGCACAUGUACUAUGACACGGCAUACAAUCCUGCUGAUGAUCCCACUCGAGAUAGACAAGUUCGGACCGCCGCAACUACCAAACCUCCUUGGUGGCGAGCAGUGGAGCAAGGGAGCGACUUUGAGUUGGGGCAAUGGCUGCGACGGCAUGGAACAACCGAUGAUUUUUCUGGCGUUAAUCUUGGAGAGCUUUGCAGCCAUGAUGCCAUCGAUUUGCGCCCCCAGAGACUUGUCAGAAAUGACCCUUUGCACCAGGAGGUCUUCAAGAAAAGCCAAUUUGUUGUGACAGAAGGUGAGCCUGAUUUCAUGAAAGCUGGAGCACUGGAUCUUUUUUCUGGAAGGGGCGGUGUAGCCCGACAGAUGGUGAAGCUGGACGUGCCUUGGAAUGAAUCCAGACACUUCAUGGUGGUGGAGACAGCGGCGGUGGAGAAGGCACAGGGAUUCUCGGAGCUUGACUUUGUUCCGCCUGUGCUUCUGUCGGUUCGGCUGUCGAUGGAAGAAACCAACGCGCAUAGCGACAAACACUGCCUUAGCUGGAGUGCGCAUGUGGUGUCAAUGUGCGCAACGUCAUUUGCAACUGCGAGGCACCUGCAGCGCGAGGAAGCUUCCAUGGACACAGAUAGCCGAGCCCUAUCCUAG